ACAGACUUGUCUCUAUUGGUUUUAAAUAUGAAAGAAGCACUAUUAAGUGUAUAUUAAGCAUUGCAUGUAUAGAGAUGUUACAGGCAUUACUAUUUAUUAAGAGGGAGACAGUCAGGGAUUUUAACAGGUCUGGGAUCUGCUUGUACACCUAUUUUCAAUCCAUAGUAGUCAGCUGGUUGUCGUUUAAACUGGCCCCAGAACUGCUGCUUGGGUAAGUAGAUAUAGACUACUGCCAAGGACAACAGGUGUUAGCAAAGUGGAAGUCACCAGGAGGCGUGUAUGAGAUCCUUCCCUGCCCUACACUAAAAGAGCCACCAGUUAUUGGUCCCAGUGCACAGUGUGACCCGCCUCUCACACCUUUUAGGUAGCAUAACCCAACACCCACACAACCACAUCUCUUAUUUAUUGGGGUGCAGUCACGUGUGCUACUUUUGACCAGGACAGGAGCACUGGGCAGCAGAAGUUCUGCUCGCACCUCCACAAAGGCACCUCGGACGAGUGGAGUCUGGCCUCUUCCUCCACGGUCAUACACAUACACACUGAGCGGGUGUUCUCCUCUAACGCACGGACAGGAUUUAGAGUUCACGAUCUAGAGUGCAAGGCACGUAACUUCUAAUAUUAAGAGUUAGAGGGAUAAGUGUAAAAGAUGACGACUGUUAUUGAGACGCAGGUGCAGUAUAACAACACCUACAUGAUGUCUACUACGCAAGACUACAUGAUUCAGGAGGACGACUGGGACAGGGACCUUCUGCUGGACCCUGCCUGGGAGAAACAGCAGAGGAAGACGUUCACGGCAUGGUGUAACUCUCAUCUGCGUAAAGCGGGAACUCAGAUCGAGAACAUUGAAGAGGAUUUCAGGAAUGGCCUCAAACUCAUGCUGCUGCUCGAGGUCAUCUCAGGUGAGAGACUGCCCAAGCCUGACAAAGGAAAGAUGCGUUUCCACAAGAUCGCCAACGUCAACAAGGCUCUGGAUUUCAUCUCAAGCAAAGGAGUCAAACUGGUGUCCAUCGGUGCUGAAGAAAUUGUUGAUGGCAAUGUGAAAAUGACUCUUGGAAUGAUCUGGACCAUCAUUCUCCGUUUCGCUAUCCAGGACAUUUCUGUGGAGGAGACGUCUGCUAAAGAGGGUCUGCUGCUGUGGUGUCAGAGGAAGACGGCCCCCUACAGGAACGUCAACGUACAGAACUUCCACAUCAGCUGGAAGGACGGCCUCGCUCUGUGUGCCCUCAUCCACAGACACAGACCAGACCUCAUCGAUUACUCUAAACUCAGAAAGGACGACCCUAUUGGAAACCUGAACACUGCGUUUGAGGUGGCAGAGAAAUACCUGGACAUCCCGAAGAUGCUGGACGCUGAAGACAUCGUCAACACCCCUAAACCUGAUGAGAAAGCCAUCAUGACCUAUGUGUCCUGCUUUUACCAUGCUUUCGCCGGUGCCGAGCAGGCUGAGACCGCGGCUAACAGGAUCUGUAAGGUUCUGGCUGUGAACCAGGAGAACGAACGGCUGAUGGAGGAGUAUGAGAAACUGGCCAGUGAGUUGUUGGAGUGGAUCCGUCGCACCAUCCCGUGGCUGGAGAACCGUGCGGCGGAGCAGACCAUGCGUGCCAUGCAGCAGAAGCUGGAGGAUUUCCGCGACUACAGGCGCGUCCACAAGCCUCCACGCGUUCAGGAGAAAUGCCAGCUGGAGAUCAACUUCAACACCCUGCAGACCAAACUCCGCCUGAGCAACCGCCCGGCCUUCAUGCCCUCUGAGGGCAAGAUGGUGUCGGAUAUUGCUAACGCAUGGAAAGGUCUAGAGCAGGUAGAGAAGGGUUAUGAGGAAUGGCUCCUCACCGAGAUCCGUCGUCUGGAGAGACUCGAUCAUCUGGCGGAGAAGUUCAAGCAGAAAUGCGCCCUGCAUGAGUCCUGGACCACAGGAAAGGAGCACCUGCUGUCUCAGAAGGACUAUGAGACGGCCUCUCUGAUGGAGAUCAGGGCUCUGAUGAGGAAGCACGAGGCGUUUGAGAGCGACCUGGCCGCCCACCAGGACCGAGUGGAGCAGAUCGCAGCCAUCGCUCAAGAGCUGAAUGAGUUAGACUAUCACGAUGCUGCUACAGUGAACACCCGCUGCCAGGGCAUCUGUGACCAGUGGGACAACCUGGGAACCCUGACCCAGAAGAGAAGAGACGCUCUAGAGCGUGUAGAAAAACUCUGGGAGACGAUUGAUCAGCUGUACCUGGAGUUCGCCAAGAGGGCGGCGCCGUUCAACAACUGGAUGGACGGAGCCAUGGAGGAUCUGCAGGACAUGUUCAUCGUGCACAGCAUCGAGGAGAUCCAGAGUCUGAUCACAGCUCAUGAUCAGUUCAAGGCCACCCUGCCAGAAGCCGAUAAGGAGCGUGUUGCCGUCAUGGGCAUCCAGAAUGAGAUCACCAAGAUCGCUCAGACCUACGGCAUCAAGCUGGUCGGAGUCAAUCCCUACACGGUCCUCAGCCCACAGGACAUCACCAACAAAUGGGAGGCUGUGAAGCAGCUGGUGCCCCACAGAGACCAGAUGCUGCAGGAAGAGGUUGCCAGGCAACAGGCCAAUGAGAGGCUGCGGCGCUCCUUCGCUGCUCAGUCCAACAUCAUCGGACCCUGGAUUCAGACUAAGAUGGAGGAGAUCGGUCACGUGUCGGUGGAUAUCACCGGCUCUCUGGAAGAACAGAUGAAUAAUCUGAAGCAGUACGAGCAGAACAUCAUCAACUACAAAUCCAACAUUGACAAACUGGAGGGAGAUCACCAGCUCAUUCAGGAGGCGCUCAUCUUUGACAACAAACACACCAACUACACCAUGGAGCACAUCCGUGUGGGCUGGGAGCAGCUGCUCACCACCAUCGCUCGCACCAUCAACGAGGUGGAGAACCAGAUCCUGACCCGCGACGCCAAGGGCAUCAGCCAGGAGCAGCUCAACGAGUUCAGAGCCUCCUUCAACCACUUCGACAGGAAGAGAAACGGCAUGAUGGACCCCGACGACUUCCGCGCAUGUCUGAUCUCCAUGGGUUACGAUCUGGGUGAGGUGGAGUUCGCCCGUAUCAUGACCCUGGUGGACCCCAACAACACUGGUGUGGUGACCUUCCAGGCCUUCAUCGACUUCAUGACGCGCGAGACCGCUGAAACCGACACUGCCGAACAGGUCAUGGCCUCCUUCAAGAUCCUGGCCUCCGACAAGCCCUACAUCACCGUGGAGGAGCUUCGUCGUGAACUCCCACCAGAACAGGCCGAGUACUGCAUCAGCCGCAUGACAAAGUAUGUCGGCCCCGAGGCAGCCCUUGGAGCCCUGGAUUACAUCUCCUUCUCCAGUGCCCUCUAUGGAGAGAGCGAUUUAUAAACGCUCUGAAUGUCUUUCUUUUUCCUCUCUCCUCUCGUUAUCUCUAAGCCCCCAAAUGUAGCUUUCAAUCUACGAGGGAGUCAAUAAUAUCCCUCGUUUCCCCUCUCUGUUUUUCUGUCUGCUAGCUUUAACAUUAUAUUGUACUACAUUCACCCUGUAAAGGACGCGUAACGGGGAUUUUAAUCUUGCGGUCACUCAAAUUGUGUCCAAUUUGGAUGCCAAACCCUCCUAUAUGCAUCUGAUAUGAUGAGUCUAAAGUCAGCAUGGAAUUAAACCAACCCUAUUUAUGUUUCUAAUUUCACGUUUUUGUGAAUGAUUCUUCAGUGCAGUUUAGGAUCUUUCAUUGAAAUAUAACUUGCUCCGCCUCUAAAACGACUUAAGUUUUCAGAGACAGUCAAAAAGCUGCAGUUACAAUGCCCAAGCCCCAUUUUCCCUCUCUGUGCCAAAUAAAACCUUCCAACACGAUAAAAGAUAUAUUAAAAAGUGUGUUUGUUGAUGCUAAAGAGUGCUUAUGAAGAUGCAUGCUGCGUUUAUUCUACAGACAUUAAUAUGCGAGAGAACCCCCUUUUCGUUAAGUCUGUACUUUAUUUUAAGACCCCAAAAGCACUACUGCUGUCCAGUGUCGUCUUAAUAUGAAACUGUGAGAACAACUGAAUAAUCUCUACACAGAACAUGGUGUCUCUGUAUGUUGUGUUGUCAUGUUCACCCCUUAAUAUUGUUUAUGAUGUACGUCUUCACUGUUAUUUGGAGAGUUUGUGCCAAAAUUAUCAACAAAAGCCAGUAAAUGAACUUAAAUAUGUUAUGGCAGAGUGUAUGUGUUGUACUGACCGGAAAGGUUUCUGCUAGUCAAAGAGCUAAAUGAAAACCAGGUUUGCCUUAAAACCGACUGUAAGCACCAGGUACGUACAAGACAGUAUUUUAAGAGUUUUGUUAUUCACACACCUGUAAUUUAAAAAGUAAUAGUUCACUCAAAAAAUAAAGUUCUGUCAUCAUUUACUCACCCUCAUGCCAUUGGAAACCUUUGUGAUAUUCUGUAUGUCUAAAUCAGCUGACCAGGGUCUGUCAAGAAGUCUAUGACUCCAUAUUCUGCUUUGAAGAUAUAACCGCUUGCGAAAAACAGACCCUAAUAAGGCCUGUUCACAAGAAGGAUAACUAUAUUAGCGUCCACACCAAGGGACAAUAACAAUUAUAAGCGCGUGCUUCCUUUUCUAACGCUUUAAAUGUUCGCGCGCUUUAACGCUGGGUGGAUUCUGAUUGGCUAUCAAUGCUUUUUAACGUUCUGAGAAAGAAAAGAAAAAAGUUCUGAAAAAGUUAACAAAUUGGUCCCCUGUGUGUUACCGUUAUAUUUGUGGUGGGAACGUCCCAAUUUUCACUGAAGAAUUGUAUAAGACUUUAUAGUUAUUUUGUUUAGACAAGAAAAACAUUAUGGUUUUGAACGCGAGUAAAUGAUGACAGUUUUUAUUUUAGGGGAACUAUUCCUUUAAGAGCAGUGUGUGAGGAGAUCGAGGAAGUUUUGGAAUGUUCUGGAAGUUUUGGAAGGAGGCAGAAGGUUCUGAUACUGCUAAAAAAAAAAAAAAAAAAAUAGAAGCCCAAUAGAAACCAUCACAGAAUUCUAUUUCCAUUAAAAUACCAUUAUAAACCAUUAGCUUUUUCCAGUAAAACCAUUACAAAAUUUCUUUUUGUGGUGUGUUUUGGGCAUUUUUCCAAUAGGAUUUAACAUCCCACCAAUAGAAUCCAUCACAUACCAGUAGACACCAUUAUAGUUUCCAUUAAAACCAAUACAAUUCCCAUUAUAACCAUUACAUUUUCUAUUGUAUUUUGGGCAGGGUUCUAUUGUUUUUUUCUUCAGCAGGUACCUUCAUCCUCAGGCAGGCCUUGACAUUAUUUAAAAAUAUGGUCUACUUUCUAUUACUAUUAAAUAAUUUCAAUUACAGAUGUUGUUUGUUGAUUAUUAUCCAUCAUGAUGUGAUUUCUGGGUAAAAGUAUUUCACUGACCUUUCAGAUCGCCUUGUAAUCACCUCUCUGUCGUCUUCAUUUUCCUCAUUCGCUUUUCAAACACAGAGUAUUAGAAGUUAAAACGAAAAACCCAGAAUAAAACGUCUCAAUCGGC